CCGCGCAGGAGCUGCUUGCUAGUAGGCGAUGCAGAGACGCCCCGGGCUGACACUGCGUGUUGGAUUAUCCCUGAAAUACGGCAAGAAACGCGUUUAAACCCACAAACAUGGCGAAGCAAAGCUCGCUGUUCAACUUUUUCACCAAGUCUCCGCCGCUCUCCAAGCCCAAGCUGAAGCCGAGCCCCUCUCCGGCCGAGGCGGACCUGCCUUCCUCCGUGGAGAAGUCCAGCUCUUCUCCCAAAGAAGAAGCCAAGCUGGUACAAGGACAGCGGCCAAACAAGACCCCCAAAGUUAACCAGAAAAGUGGUGCCAAGGCUGUGAAUAAAGGAUUCAAGAAGUUAUUUGGCGACAAGGGCCCGAAGACUGAGAAUGGCAGCUCGACCUGCCCAUUCAAAGCUGGUGCCCUUGUGUGGGCGAAACUGGAAGGACACCCUUGGUGGCCCUGCAUGGUUGUACCGCAGCCCCUGACUGGACAGCAGAUGAGGGGACGUGGGGGACAGCAGCGCAUACAUGUCCAUUUCUUUGAUGAACCUCCUACCAGGGGAUGGGUUCGGACCAAAUACAUCAGAGAGUACCAAGGCUCUGACAGCAGUGACGUUAAACCUGGAGGGGUGUUCUUCAGCAGCAAACCCGUGAUCCGCCGUGCAAUGGAGCUUGCUGAUGGAUUUAUUUUUGACAGUCCUGAAAAAAGAUUAAAGAUGCCUCUUUGCAUGGAUCCAUCUGACGAGGAAGAGGACGACGAUGAUGAAGAAAUGGAGAUUGACAAGUCGACAGUGACUGAUGAAGAAGUGAGUGAUGAGGACGAAAAGAGAAGUGAGGAGGAAAAGCUGCCUAAAGUCAGUCGACGUGCAUCCCGUGCUUCGACAGAAAAGGGAAGCAAAGCCAAGCGCCGUCGUAUUAUUGUAGCCUCUGACAGCGACGGGUCAGAUGAGGAGUUUAAACCAGAAAAUGCUUCAUGUAGCACUGAAGAUGAGGAAGAGGAGGUGACAGUGAGCAGUGAAGAUGAGAAGGAGGAAGAGAGCACCCAAGAGUCAGAAGUAGAAAGCCCCAUCAAGCCCGUAAAGCGCAAACGUCCUGCAGAGAAAGAGAAGCCUGUGAAUCCAAAAACAAAGACAUUUGCCGGCCCAUCGGCUGCACCAAAACGAGCACCGGCAGCAAUCGUGGCUAACACAAAGUCUCGUUUGUCCGCCUUUUCUGCUCCGGACAACUUUGAGAGCCAGGCGAAUGGAUCAGCAGCAGUCGGAGGGGAAACAGUUUGGGAUCACGAGAAGCUGGAGUGGCUGAAGGAAGGAAAGAGAAAAGAUAGUAAAAGGCGGCGACAGACGGAAGACGAUUAUGAUCCGACCACACUGUAUGUGCCUGAAGACUUUCAAAACAGAAACACUCCUGGUAUGCGGCGGUGGUGGCAGCUCAAAUCUGAGAUGUUUGAUGCAGUGCUUUUCUACAAGGUUGGAAAGUUUUAUGAACUUUACCACAUGGAUGCAGUGAUUGGAGUCAAUGAGCUUGGGCUGACGUUCAUGAAGGGGGCCUGGGCUCACUCAGGCUUUCCAGAGAUUGGCUUUGGACGUUUCUCAGAUGGAUUGGUCCAAAAAGGCUACAAGGUGGCUCGUGUGGAGCAAACGGAGACCCCAGACAUGAUGGAAGCACGCUGCAAAACCAUGGCCAAGCCUACAAAAUUUGACCGCGUAGUAAGAAGAGAAGUGUGCCGGAUUAUCACGCGCGGCACACAGACCUACAGUGUGUUAGACGGUGCUCCUUCAGAGUCUCAGAGUAAGUUCCUCAUGAGUUUAAAGGAAAAGUCUGAAGGAGAAAACUCUGGUGGCCACCGCACCUAUGGUGUUUGUUUUGUGGACACCUCUGUUGGCUAUUUCCACAUCGGCCAGUUCCCUGAUGACCGUCACUGCUCUCGUCUUCGCACCCUGAUCGCACACUUUUCUCCCGCUGAGGUCUUAUUUGAAAAGGGCAACCCAUCCGUUGAAACACGCAAAAUACUCAAGGUGUCUCUGUCCUCUGCUCUUCAGGAAGGACUUAAUGCAGGAACGCAGUUCUGGGAUGCUCAGAAAACCCUCAAAACUCUCUCGGAAGAAGAUUAUUUUAAAGAGACCACUGGAGAAGAUCAAACCGGGAAAGGUUUUCUCCCAGCUUUUCUAAAAACGAUGACCUCUGAGAGCGAUUCACUGUGCCUAACUCCCAAAGAGGGUUACGAGCUGGCGCUGUCGGCUUUCGGGGGAUGCAUCUUCUACCUUAAGAAAUGUCUGGUAGACAAAGAGUUGCUGUCCAUGGCAAACUUUGAAGAAUACGUCCCCGUUGAUGUUGAGUUGAAGAAAGCUGCCGGACCUGCUAGUUUCUUUGCACAGACGUCUCUGCGGAUGGUCCUUGAUGGAGUGACGCUGACAAAUCUGGAGAUCUUUCAGAAUGGUUUGGGGGGAACAGAAGGGACCCUGCUGGAUCGUUUAGACACCUGCUCUACCCCCUUCGGCAAGAGGCUGUUGAAACAGUGGCUGUGCGCUCCGCUAUGUAACCCCAAGUCCAUCCGGGACCGGCUGGAUGCGGUGGAGGACUUAAUGGCCGCUCAGGCUCAGGCGACUGAGGUCUCCGAUCUGCUGAAGAAACUGCCGGACUUGGAGCGUCUUCUGAGUAAAAUCCACAGUCUCGGUACUCCUCUGGACCAGGACCACCCCGACAGCAGAGCUGUUCUCUACGAGGAGGUCACUUAUAGCAAGCGCAAGAUAGCAGACUUCCUUUCAGCGCUGGAAGGUUUCAAAACUAUGCAGGAGAUCAUUUCUAUCUUUGCUCCAAUCUUUGGGCAAUUUCAGUCCACGUUGCUCAGUCAAGUUGUGAGUCUGAAAAGCGAGAAGACUGGCCUCUUCCCGGAUUUCUCUGCUGAACUCAAGCGCUGGGAGACCGCGUUUGACCACCAGAAAGCCCGCUCUACCGGCGUUAUAACCCCUAAAGCUGGCUUUGACCCCGAGUACGACCAAGCUCUGUCAGAAAUCAAGAACUGUGAGCGAGACCUGCAGGAUUAUCUAGAGAGGCAGAAGAAAAGACUUGGCUGUAAGAGCAUGUCCUACUGGGGAACUGGGAAAAACCGCUUUCAGAUGGAAGUUCCUGACAGCGUCUCGGACAGGAAUAUCCCCGAGGAAUACGAGGUGAAGUCUACAAAGAAAGGCUGGAAGCGUUACGUGACAAAGGAGACCGAGAGCCUGUUCGCAGAGCUGCAGGGAUUUGAGGAGAAGAGAGAUGCAGCGCUGAAAGACUGCAUGAGGAGACUCUUCUACAACUUUGAUAAGAAUUACAGAGACUGGAAGACUGGUGUGGAGUGCAUGGCAGUGCUUGAUGUGCUGUUGGCUUUGACGCGCUACAGCCAGGGUGGAGAUGGUCCGAUGACCAGGCCACAGCUGGUGCUUCCCCACCAGGACGACAACCAGGCGGCACCCUUCGUUAAACUCACGGGAUCCCGUCACCCCUGUGUCACUAAGACCUUUUUUGGCGACGACUUCAUCCCCAACGACAUCUUCAUCGGCUGCCCUGGAAGCAGUGAGGGUGAUGAGGAGGGAGGCUGUGCUUCCUGUGUCCUUGUCACAGGACCAAACAUGGGUGGAAAGUCCACUCUUAUGCGGCAGUGUGGGCUUGUGAUCAUUCUAGCUCAGCUUGGGUGCUUUGUUCCAGCAGAGAGCCUCAGUUUCACACCAGUUGACAGGGUCUUCACCAGACUGGGAGCCUCAGAUCGAAUCAUGGCUGGAGAGAGCACCUUCUUCGUGGAGCUGAGUGAGACUGCCAGCAUCCUGCACCACGCCACUGAACACUCAUUUGUGCUCCUUGAUGAAUUAGGAAGGGGCACUGCCACAUAUGAUGGCACAGCGAUCGCCAGCGCUGUUGUGAAAGAGCUUGCUGAGAAGAUCUGCUGUCGCACACUUUUCUCGACACACUACCACUCUCUGGUGGAGGAUUAUGCCAACAACCCUGCUGUGCGUUUAGGACACAUGGCAUGUAUGGUGGAGAAUGAGUGUGAAGAUCCGAGCCAGGAGACGAUCACAUUCCUCUACAAGUUCAUCACCGGUGCCUGUCCUAAAAGCUAUGGAUUCAAUGCUGCCAGACUGGCAAGCCUCCCCGAGGAAGUCAUACAGGCAGGGCACAAGAAGGCCCGAGAGUUUGAGAAGAGCACCAUCAGCCUGAGACUCUUCAAGAAGCUCUGCCAGUUUGCUGAAGAUGUCACACAGGACGGCACACACUUUACUUCACUUGUUCAACUUCUUAACACACUGUAGUUCUGUUGUAAAACAUCUUGCUGUUGCAGUUGUUUUGUUUGUUCGUUCUCACUUGGAGGGGGAAAAAAAAAAAACACUACUGUAAUGAUCUAAUAAAGUUUAUUUUUAAAAAAAUGACAAUGUUUCAUCUAGG